UCCCGGCGGUAAGCACCAACUAACUUUCUGGGGCUUCACUGCAUAUUCCCAGAUUUCCAGAUGGAAUGUGGUCCCGACUUUAAUGGCAAGAUACCCUGCAGUAAAGGACGAGCAACAGGGAUUGGUCGGCAACUUAACGCAAUUAUGACCGCCGACCGACACAGAUGCCUCUUCCUUCUUACGGUCAGCAUUGUUUUCCUAUCAAACCUGCACGGAUGUUCCUGCUGCAGGACCGGAACCCGUGCCGAGUGUGAGAAAGCUCGCUUUGUGCCAGGGUACAACUUGGCUGGUGAGGGUUUUGACGUGAUACUCAUGCAGCGGAAGGGUGCCUAUGUGAUUGAUGUCAAAACCUUCAUGACAGCCAACGAUACGUGCACUUUGUGUGAGAACAACCGGUUCAAGCAAGUGCAGAAGCUGCCAGUGUCUGUGACUGACUGGCGGCAAAUCACGUCCUGCAGUAAACAUCUGCACGGUGAGAUUCACCACUCGGUCCACUCUCUGGUCCGGAGGUCCGCCUCCUCCAUCAUCAACAACUGGGGGCUCAGCCUUAGCCUAAACACCAUGAUCCAGGCAAGGGUGGGCGGCAGCCACUCAGAAAUUGCCGAGUUUGCUAAGAUCCAGGCCAAUAUGGAUAAGGCAACAUUCGCCAUUCAUGAAAUCACUUGCUCAUAUUACAGCUACAGGUUGGUUGACCACCCAAAGCCCAGCAAGGAAUUCUCUCAGUCUUUGCAGAGACUUCCUGCGGAGUACAACGAAACCACCGAAUCCUUGUACAGCAGACUGAUUGACACGUACGGCACUCAUUACAUUCGCCAGGUGCAGCUGGGUGGAAGGAUACAGCAAGUCUCUGCUUUUCGCACCUGCCUGGCCACCCUUGCAGGUGUAUCCAUAUCAGAGAUGAAGAACUGCCUGGACAUAGACUUGAAAAUUGCGUUAGGGUUCGUGCCAGCAGAUGCAUCCUUCACCCAGAAAUGCAGCGACAAGCUCAGGAAGAACAUGAACAUGGGUCGUUACCAAGGGUUCAUGAGUGAUAAAAUCCAAGUCUUAGGAGGGGAGGCACAGCACCGGCAUAUCCUGACUUACCAGAACCCGUCGCUGGCCUACAGCAACUGGAUUGGCAGCUUAAAUGACACCCCAGAAAUUGUCUCCUAUGCCAUCGUUCCCUUGCAUCACCUGGUCAGUGACCCUGCCGUCAAAGACAGCCUGAGGAGUGCUCUGCGGGAUUACAUUAUAGGAAAUUUAGUUUUAGACUUACAUAGGGCCGAAAGAUUGUCCCAGAGCUGUCCCUCUUCACCCAACCUGGACUACAACUGCUGCCCAUUGCGAGCCAGGUACGGCAAGUUGGUCGUGGUAGUAGAGAGAGCGUCAAAUCUCAACUCAGACUACUUCUCGCAGACUGACUGCUAUGUGAAGGUGUUUUACAACGGUCACUAUAAGGAGACCGGCUACAUUUUGGAUGACAACAACCCCAGGUGGAAUACUGUUUUAACUUUCGGUACAGUGGAGUUGGGACACCCGCUCAUCUUAGAGCUCUGGGAUUCUGACACGCAUUACGAUGACCUCAUAGGACGUUGCAGGGGCUACCCCGAAAAAGGCUACCACUCAUACAUUUGCAAGCUGGACCAAAGUGUUUUCCAUUUCAGCUGCUAUGUCUCUUGUGACCCCCAUCUGACAGGUGAAAGGUGUGAAGAAUAUUCCCCAGGCAUUUAUGGGAACCCAUAUGAGCUGUAAGAAUGUCAUUAUUCUGUUACAAGUGCAUAAGUGUUGUGAUGCUAAAGAUAUUGAGCAGUAAACUCUGUUUUUAAUACUACAAAAUAUUUUCAUAAUCAGACAACACAGCAUGAACAAUGUUUCCGCGUCAAAAAUAUGAUCAGUUUAAUAAUUUUAGUAAUUUUAUUUAACAGCAAUGUAAUCAUUCAUAAUGCCUGUCCACGGUGAACACUAGAGUUCUGAAAAACUUUUGCUUGCAUGGCUUGUCACGUUUCUUUCAAUACCAUUGUUAUACAUGAAAAAGUCGUUGGUAAUGGUAGGAACAGAAAACAUUGGGUUUUUUCGUCGAAGCCUGUGUACUUUCAUCUCAUUAUUUUUUGUUCGUUUUAUCCUUUGUCAUUUCCCUGUGCUUCUGUAGAACCAUUCACACCUUUGUUAUUCAAAUCACUGUAAUAUUUCAUCGCUUUAUGAACUAGCCCAUUAAGAGCAUAACCCAUCAUCUAGAGUCACUUCUCAUACCAAAACCUUGACGUGUAAGGCAAUGUAUUUACUCUUUCAUAUUGACCCAACGUAAUGCUGAUCCAACAGCAUUAUCUCAAUUGCAUGUAGCUUCAGUUAUUUUAUAAUUUUCUUUUGUGUUACUUUCUACGAGUGGACGAGGGAUACGAACGUUGUAUUGUUCAAAAAGGCUAAAAUACUAAACUACUUGUGAUCACAAUGUCAACAAAUAUCUUUUUAUCAUGUUGCACAAUUUUUUCAAUACA